AUGAGAUGGUGCCUGCAGGAGCAAGCCAUACGCAUUGAGUACAGCGAACCAGGCAGUCUUAACCAGGGCGAGUUUGAUUUGGUCAAGAUCUCCUCCUGGAAUGGAAAUCGCAUAGUGACAAAGAGUUACGGUGGCUGCAAGGUGGAUUACUCGGUGACGUGCAUUGGAACGUCGGUGUCCUUGGUCUUGGAAGAUUCCUGUGGUACUCGGAGUGACACCAGGCCGAUUUCUAAAUAUCGGACGACAGAGCUCCACACCUCCUCGUUCACUUUUUCGCAUCUACUACGAGAUCCUGACAAAGAGAUCGAACUGCACCUGCCUAUCAAAAAGCGUUUGGUGAUGCACGGGGACGGUUCCACGGUCACCUUCAGGCGGAUAGAGCCUCUUCCCUUGGAGGAGCAGCUGAAGAAUCCGACCCAGCUGCGUUUCUUUGCAAGUGUCCCACGAUUAGCAAGCUGUCUUCCAGAGCCUGGCGAUCACAUCUUUCGCCCCCAAAGGAAUACAACCAGCUUCAGCGCAGAAAAAUGCUCCGCAUGCUACAACUUCCUCGAGUCCAGCUUGAAGGAUAUGACGCAGUGCUCUACCGCCGAGACGACGGCAAGCCGCAUCCGUUGCAAGCAGUUCGCUGCGAGAGUCAAGCAGGAGGACGAGGGCGUGCAGUCAACUCUCAAGAAGAGCAUGGAGCAUCGGGGCAAUGACGUCACUAUGGAGCUGGCCUGGCAACUGGGUUGUCAGGAUUUGGGCUGCUGUCCCCUGGAUCCUGACACCGCAGAGCUGCUGGCUGCACAGGCGAAGAGCAUCCACGCCAGGGAGAAGUAUGGAGAAGCAGCCAGGGCCAGACGGCACGAGGAGGUUGGCAAACUCAAGCAAGAAGGGCUGGCAGAACAUGUCUUGAACGACCCUGACACACGACAACACUUGGAAACUUUGAUGAGGAUGCAGGCCGGACACGCGCGAAAACAGCUGAAAAAGGAGAAGAGCAGGAAGCAGCUGAAGAAGGAUCCUGACGAAGCUUCUGCACCUGCCCAUGCCCAGGUGCCUCUCACAGAUGAAGAUUGCUCAUGGAACUUUCGCAAAGCUCGAUGCGAGCCCAAGUACGCUUGUGCGUACAAGUACCGUUUCGGAGACUUGAAGAUCAAACAGAGUUGCCGAUUGACAGUCAAGAAGUUUCGACCAACACGCAAUGAGGAUUGCCUCUGGGAUUAUGCUGAGGUCAGAUGCAAGAAUCCCUUAUACUGCUCACGUCAGUGCAAACUGUCGAGUGGCGACCUGAACUUGGACAUGUGCUGCAAGCUGCGCAAGAAAGCCUUGGACGAGACGGCCAACGAUGGGGCUCCGAUAGACUCUUCCACGACGACCUUCACAACGAGUAUUUUCGGAGGCAAUGCUGCGAUCACCCGCGAGGAGGACGAGGACGUAGAUGACGAAAUAGGGCUGAUGGCGGACGUGGAAAAUGAAGAUGAGUACGAUUCCUUCUUGAAUGAUGUCGUCAACAGCAUUUACGAAGACAAGGAUAUCGGGCUCGAAGCCGAUCCAGAAUGGACCACGAAAGCGGAUCAGAACGGCGACGACAUCGGUCUUGAAGCCGACACGAUCGAAGACGAUUCGGACGAUGGCAACGCAGGAGAGAAGGACGGCGAAGCCGAGGGCCUCUGCACCGGCCAGUCGGAUCGAGAUGCCCUCAAAGGAUCAAAAGUCCCCGAGCUGCUGGAAAAGAUCGGAAGACAGAGCUGGAGCACCUUCAAAUUCAAAAUCGUCAGGGAGACUUCGUUGAAGCUGCACAAGGAGAAGCUGGGCUUGUCAGAGCUUUGUGCAACAUGCUUCGUCGACGUGUCGGAUUGCAGCACGAAGCAGUGCUUCUCUUUGCUUGCGACGAAAGGAAAGGAACACCCAGAAUCUCAAGCUUGUAUCGAGGAGCACUGCACACCGGCUCUUCUGCAAUGCGCUGGCCUUCCCAAGGAAGAGUUGCCAUAG